AUGAGAAAUAUAGUCCACCCAACUCCGAAGAAACGAAAUCUCACCGCCUCCCAAAACGGUGUAGCUUCUUUCACCACCACCACCAACCCUACCCCCAAGAAACUGAAGAGACUCCCUCACGUAUUUGACAGAGUCCUGGAGCUUCCCUUCAACUCAGACGCCGAGGUUUUUGUCCAAGAAACUAAAGAAUGUUUCCGUUUCCUCGCCAACGGUGGGGAUAUCACCACAACCGAUGAUUUUCAGGUUCAUGUGAUGGAGAUAUUACCUGGAGUGACAAAGAUUGUAGUAAGAGGAGCGCAGAGUGUCGAUCAAUCUUCGGUGGAGGAUCUCAAUAUCGACAUGUGGCGGUACAGGCUUCCAAAGACGACACUCCCCGAAGAUGGCUACUGCGAGAUGUAUCGGCGGGCGGUUGGUUGUCACGGUUUCGAAAACUUUGAAUUUGGAGGAUGCAGAUCGAGAGCCUGA